AUGUAUUUUCUCUUCCUGGUUGCAAUGUUAGUACAAAUUUCAUUGCAAAUAGAAGUCAGCACAAAAGAUUGUGGCAGCAAAUACGCGUCCUUUUCUAAUUUACAAAUCAAUUGCGAAGAAGGAUCGACAACUGAUGUAUGUAAUGUAAAGCAAGGUAAAACCUACGCGUCAACAUUGAAUCUUACACCGAACACUAUCAUUGAGAAUGCGACAAUUGUUCUUCAUGGAGUUCUUGGAGGUAUGUCUCUUCCAUUACAACUGGAACACAAACACUUGUGCGAGCAUCAUGGUGUGGUCUGUCCAUUGAAACCAGGUGUUCAAGUCAUCGUCAAAAGUGAACUUGCUGUACCAGGAUGGGCCAUGGGCGAACCAUUGGUUAAAACUGAGUUGAAAACCAAACACAAAAACAUAAUUUGUAUGACAUUUAAGACACGCGUAGAAUAA